AUGAUGACGAGUCUGGCACAAAGUUACUCACCACACCCGGGUGGAAUGCAGCCGCAUCCAGGCAUGGCCCAAGGUCAUCCAGGGAUGGCUGUACCUCAUAAUCCGGGACAGCCAGGACAACCAGGUCCGGGAAUGCCUCAGCAGCUGCAUAUGGGAGUCUCUGGUCCAGGACCUCAAGUCAGUCAAGCUGGAGUUAUGAUGGGCGGCAUGCCACCAGGAGCUGGCGGACCGAGUCAACACGCGCUACAACAUUUGAACCCAAACCAGGCGGCGCAGCAGCAGCAACUGUUCCAGCAACAGCAAAUUGCUUUCGCGAAUGCCAACCCCUCAAUGCAACAAAUUCAGCAACAACAGAUGAUUCAACAUCAAAGGCAACAACAAGCUGCCCGACAAGCGAUGCUGGCUCAGCAAUAUAGCGGAAUGCCAAUGCAGAUGGCGAACGGGAUGAACCAGAUGACACAGGCACAAUUUCAAGCUAUGCGAGGUGGUCCAGUUGCUCGACCGGUAAACCUUCCACAACAUCUUCAGCAGCAACAGCAGCAAGUUGCUGAACACAAUCUCCAACAACAGCAGCAAGCCCAAGCUCAAGCCCAAGCACAGCACCAGGUAUGGUUUUCCGAGUCUAGAAUCUUCAGUCGUCAUCAACAGCAGCUCAUAAUGGCCCAGCAACUAGCAAUGCAGCAACAAGCAAGUCAACAAGCCCAAGCAGGAAACAAUCCUCAGGGUCAAGGGAACCAGAUGAAUCCGCAACAACCUCAAAACAUGCAAGCCCAGACAGCCAUGAUGCAACAGGCCCACCAGCAACAACAGCAGGCGGCGCACGCGGCUGCAGCCUCGCAGCAAAGUCAAGGACAACCCCAACCUCAGCCCCAAAGCCAGCAAGCCCAACCUAAUGCUCAAGCUCAGGCACAACAACCACAACCUGCGCAACAGCAGCAACAAGGCAUUCAACAACAACAGGCGGUCGCAGCAGCCAUGUUGCAACAACAGCAAAGGCAGGGAGAAAAAUUCAAGGGGCAAUGUUUGAUGAAACUCAUGCAAUUUGGCGAUCAUUUAAGCAAUUUCGGUGCGACCUCGAAAUCACUUGCAUCAUACACCGCCACUGGUGCACAACGCCUGGCUGCACAGAGCUCUAAACAGCGAGACGACUUGAAUUACUGGUUAACAUUUGUGGAUCGUUUCUUCUCGCCGAAAGGAGUCUUUCGUCAUUCUCUUUGGAUUUUGGACGAAACAUCGAACAAGCAAUACGAAAUAACAUACCCAGCUCUUCCCAGAUAUUUUUAUACACAUUUUGAAAGUGGGGUCAAGAAUAUGCAGAUGAUCAUGGAAAAGGGUACAGAAAAGGAGUUGCCAAAUAACGGGCAUUACAUCGAAAGCCAAAAGUCCAGCUUCGUUUAUUGGUUCGACAAUGGAUCCCAAUUGGUUGCAAGCGGAACAUUAAAAGCACAUUUUGAUGCAGAUCAGAAAAUAGAGCUGCUCGAAUUUGUCACCAGCAGCCAUGAAGAAUACAUUCCACGUGCUCAGGUCCUUGAUGCUGCACGACCACUGCACGAGUGGUCAAAAGAAUGGCGCAAAGUCAAUGCUCCACCAGAUGGCAAACAAUCCCCGGAAAUCAAUAAAAAGAAAGCCAAACCGAUGAAGUCACCGCCUCAGCCUCCUCCAGAAAUUGAUCUUCCUGAGUCCUUGGUCUCAAAAAUGGGAAUAACUCCUUUGGUGUUUCGAUUUCUUGAGAUCGCAGAGGUGAUGGGCCAAAUGAAUCCGCUCUUCGGCUAUUCUCAUCAAAAUUCCUCUCUUGAUCCUUACGCAGCCUUAAAUCAAUAUGUAGCUACAGUUGCUGUAAACGGAGCAGACAACUCUGGUGGACAGCAACCAAAUCCGACAGGACCCCGAACACCAGGAAUGGGCAAUUUCGGUAUGGGCGUCUCGCCCGCACAGGCCCACCUUCAGCUCCCUGAUGGUUCACCACAUGUUAGCGGUAGUCCAGCUCCUGGUAUGGCCCCUCAACAUAGCCAACAUGGGACAAGCUCCAGCGGACCGAGUGCAAACACCAGUCCCAAUACAACCAACAAGCGAAGAAGACCUAGUGUGAAGGAUGAAUCUGAAGUCCAAGUCAAUGGCAAUCCGUCAAAAACGGCUGUGAAGCCAAGUCCAAGAAUAGGAGGCAAGAGACAGAAGGGGAAUCCAGCUUGA